UCUUCACAAUGUGUACGUGGCGUGUACGCAUAGGAAAUACAGAAAACCACGCCUCUAUUUAAAUAAUAAGGGGACUGGAUCUCAACUUAAAAUUAUCGCUCGCGUAGCAAGAAUUGCUAUUGCUCUUGAGUCGUCAAAAUCUGCCUUGAGUUUCUAGGGACAAUCCUAAAAAUUUUUAAAUUUGCGCUAAAGCAACGAGUUCUUUUUGAUAAUCAUUUGUCCUAGAAGGAGCUUAAAGUAGGUGAGAAUGUGCACUGUAACGGCCAUCAACAUUAUAGUAAUCCUUGCGUGCGCGUCUGUGUUAAAAGCAAAUUCAGAUUCCAGAAAGGUUACUGAUCUAUCUGUGAACCCAGAUACUUUACCUCGCAUUGACUCCAGGACUGAUGUUUGCCAGUCAGAUGAAUGCCAAAAAGCAGCUGAUUCUAUUUCGAAAAGUUUAAAUAAAGCUGUGAAUCCUUGUGUUGAUUUCUAUCAGUUCACCUGUGGUGGUUGGAUAAAGAAAAACGAUGUUUCUCCCGCAGUACCUUACGUUUCUGCCUUUUCUAAAGUUCAAGAUCAUCUCAACUUGGAACUCAAACGCAUUUUAAAAAUACUGACGUAUGCAUCCCCACCUGAUUAUAUCGCCAAAUUAAAACGACUGUUUUUCUGGUGCAUGAAUACUGAAGACAAAUCACAAUGGGAGAGAGAUUAUGAGGACGGUAAGUCUCUGAAGCGUAUCCUGGAAGAUUUAGGAGGUUGGCCGGCAGUAGAAGGAGGAAAUUGGAGUCAAUCUGCUUUCAACUGGAUGGACACUCUCGUUAAAUUCCGUAAGAUAGGCUACGGUCACAAUGUCAUAAUGAAAUUGACAGUCGAAGAAGAUCCUGAGAACAGGACGGCUAAUAUAUUAAAGCUGGAACCUUCCUUAGGAAUAGAUGUUAGGGAUGCGAGAUCCUUCAUUCAGAAAAACUUGAAGUUGAUGGAAGCAGUAACUGAAGCUUUCAAUUUCCCAUCCAACGAUGAACUUGAAAAAUCGCUGUAUUUAGCAGUUCAGCUUGCCCGAGUAGCUUUUCAAUGUAAUAAUGAUAAGGUUCCUUAUGAGAGAUACACUGUUGCUAAGCUUAUAAAAAUCGCACCAAAGAUCGAUUGGAUUAGAUAUUUUAGAGAAAUCGUUGGUUAUGAUAUCGGCGAAAAUGAACCUAUUCUUGUUACGAAUGUCAAUUUUUUCCGUCGCUUAGGUACUCAUCUUGAAAAAUCAAAUAAAAGGGCGUUAGCCAAUUAUAUGAUUUGGAAAUUUAUUGAAGAAUCUUUAUCCAUAAUGGAGGAUAGUUGGAAAAACCUACAAAAUCCUCCAUACAAGACCCGUUUGGAAGACUGUCUCACUUCACUCAGAAGCUAUGCGGGAUUAGCCUUAAGUGCUUACUAUUUGCAAAACCACCUUGAAGAGGAAAAGAAUCAAAUAGAGGAUGAUCUACACGUAAAAAAUAUUUUCACACCUAUCCUUCAAGCAUUUGAAGGUUCCUUAGAAGAAAGCAGUUGGAUGGAUAGUACCACUAAAAUGAAAGCCAAGAAAAAAGCUCGAUCUAUAAAAGCACGUACUGGAUAUAAAGCAGAGCUUUUGAAUGAUACUUAUCUCUCCGAUAUGUACUCAGAUUUCCACAUUACUUACAGGACGUAUUUCGACAAUAUGAGGGAAAUACGCCUGUGGAAAACCAAUUAUUCAUUUUUACAGCUUCGAAAACGUAACAUAAAAAAUGAUUGGAAAAAAUAUGACAAAGCACCAGCUAUAAAACCAUAUUACAACUAUCUGGAAAACAUAAUUGAAUUUCCCGCAGGAAAUUUACGACAUGGCUUCUUCAAAAAAGAUCUACCGAACUAUUUGAACUUCGGAACCUUCGGUUACCUUAUAGGUCAUGAAAUUCUACGAGCUUUUGAUGAAAAAGGUCGGCAGAUUGACGAAAAUGGCAAUAAAGUCCAGUGGUGGCCAUUAAAAGAAAAUGCAGAUAGAAAAUUAAAACUUAAGAUUUCCUGUGCCAAAAAGGAAUACUUUGAUUUCAUCAAAAAACCUGACCUUUGGAAUGAUCCCAAGAUAAAAAUCUUUGAGACACAGGAUGAGUACAUAGGUUACAUCUCUGGUUUGAAAGCAGCUUAUGAGGGAUAUAAAAUAUGGAGUAGUGAAAAGAAACAAGAAGAGCCAAAGCUUCCGGGAUUAAAGUAUACACCGAAACAGUUGUUCUGGAUAAGUGCAGCACAACUGUGGUGCGAGAAAGCAGAAGAAUCCUAUAGCGAAAAGCAAUUUUCCAUUAAGACAAGCUACCCGCAUCAGUAUAAAGCGAUAGCAUCAGUAUUAAACAUUCCAGAGUUUGCCGAAGAUUUUGGGUGCGCGCCUCGACAAACUCAGUGUCAGAUUCAGUAGGGAUUCUCUACCAAUAUCUACACUUCAGAAUCCAUUUUACAGUAAAAUAUAUUCCAGGAAACAAAAUUCUGCGUUACAUUUUUAUUGAUGUAAUUCUUUGGCUAGUACAGUCCUGGUUAUAUAGAUAUAGUAUAUUACAUCUGUAAAUGGAUAUACUUAUGUAAGCAAUUUCUGAAUUUCAAAUAAAAUGUUAAAUGUAUUGU